CUUUAUUUGUCAAGAUUUUCUUGUUAUUGUCAAUCUACACAUCCAACUCAUAUAAUUAUUGACUUGUCUUUUAGGUAAUCAUAGUAGUGAGUUUGAGUUUGAGUUUGAGUCACUGACACUCAUUGAGCAAGUCUUCUUGUCCUAAAAUGGAGUCAACUUCAGCUAAGUUGCUCCUCUUUCUCUUCAUUCUUAGUCACUACUACUUGCAAGCAACCUCAUCAAGAGUUCUUUCAAUCUCUCCUAUCCCAAAUGAAGCACUUCCCACUAGAUCAGGCUAUCUCCAAGUCAAUUCAACAACAAAAUCUGCCAUGUUCUACACUUUUUACGAGGCGAAAGAGCCUAAUUCAUCGCUUUCUGAAACCCCGAUUCUCAUCUGGCUUCAGGGUGGACCUGGGUGUUCCUCGAUGUUGGGGAAUUUUUAUGAACUAGGACCCUGGCGAGUUGUUUCUUCUCAGGGGCAUAAUGUCGAACACCUGAAGCUUGAGCCCAAUUCGGGGUCUUGGAAUAGGUUGUUUGGCCUUGUUUUUAUCGAUAAUCCGAUUGGAACUGGGUUUAGUGUAGCGACAACGACAGAAGAAAUUCCGAGAGACCAACAUGCUGUUGGUAAACACCUAUUUAAGGCGAUAAAAGCGUUUGUUGCGUUGGACUCGUUGUUUAAGACUCGUCCGAUUUUUGUUACCGGUGAAAGUUAUGCUGGGAAAUAUGUUCCGGCAAUAGGGUAUUACAUUCUAAAAAGAAAUGCACGGUUGCCUAAAGGGAAUCAAGUAAAUUUAGCCGGUGUGGCUAUAGGCAAUGGUUUGACUGAUCCGAUCACACAAGUGGCUACUCAUGCUAUGAGUGCUUAUUUUUCGGGGCUGAUCAAUGAAAAACAAAAGACUCGAUUAGAGGAGGCUCAAGAUAAAGCUAUUGGUCUUAUAAAAGUCGGUAAUUGGAGCGGAGCAACCAAUGCAAGAACGAAGGUUUUGAACUUGUUGCAAAACAUGACAGGCUUGGCCACUUUAUAUGACUUCCGGAGAUUAGUUGCUUACGAAGAUUACCUAGUAGAAGAUUAUUUGAGUAGCAUGGAGGUUAAAAAAGCAUUAGGAGCAAAUGCAUCAAUUGCUUUUGAGGUAUGUAGCGAUAAAGUGGGGGAUAUAUUGCAUGAAGAUGUAAUGAAGAGUGUGAAAUAUAUGGUGGAGUUUUUGGUUAAACAUACUAAGGUGUUGCUUUAUCAAGGGCAGUUUGAUCUGAGGGAUGGUGUAGUCUCAACUGAGGCUUGGAUGAAAAAAAUGAAGUGGGAUGGAAUCGAAAAGUUUCUGGAGGCAGAUAGGAAAGUUUGGAAGGUGAAAGAGAAGCUCGCAGGCUAUGUGCAGAUAUGGGGAAGCUUGAGUCAUGCUAUUGUGUCUAAUGCUGGACAUCUCGUGCCUACAGAUCAGGCUGUGAAUUCUCAGGUGAUGAUUGAAGAUUGGGUUUUAGAUAGAGGGUUGUUCGCCAAUAAGGAAAUUGUUGACCCUUCAGCUCCUUCUUACGACUCCAAGUAAGAUAUAUUUUGCUUAUUGUUGUUCAACUUGAAGUUAUGUGUAGCGGGAGCUGAUAUAUGUAUGUUGUUAAUACAGCACAUUUUGUUCCAGCAAAAUUACAAAAUGUUGAUUACUGUACUAGUAGUUUGUUUUAGGAAUAAUGUAACAGGAUGAUAAUAACCAAUUUGGUUUAACAAGGCUAUCUCUUCUCAGAA